CACCCACCACCGGGCAUGGAGAAGCGUGGAGCUUUAACUCCGCGCUUUUAUUUGCCUUUUCUUUAUCUCGACAUCAGCAAUAACAAAUUGAAAUUUUUCGUCCUCUUCUUCUUCUUCUUCUUCCAUACACAAUAAAUAAAUAAAUAUUGCAGAAAUAUAGAUACUAUCUCUGAAAAAUCUGACAUCGGAGUAUCCGGCUCCGGGUUUUGAAGAAUCAGAAUUAUCCGUAAGGGGAAUACAUAUUUGAUGUCUGUCCUUUAAGGUCUUGCAAUAUAAGGAAAAGGCCUCUGAGUCUUGUUUCUUACGGGGAGAGGGUUCUGGUUUGCGAAGCUAGCUCAACUUCCGCGAGCUUGGGCUCCUCUCUCAUUAUAAUUAAGUUACAUUCAGGCCUUGGGAUAUGACCUUCUCGUGUUUCUGUGAUCACAUAAGGAAUUUUUGAAGAUAUCGAGGGGAAACAGGUUGUAGGGAUUGAAGUGGGUUGUCACUGGUAACCAAUGGGUGCUGCUUGUUGCUGUUUGAGGGAUGACUGCGAAGAUUUUGCUAAUCCGAACAGCUCAAUCUAUAGGAACUGUAUAUGCCUUCGUUGCUUCAUUCAAAACUUUUUUCAGUAUGUGUCAUUGUUUCAUAGAGGAGAAGAAAAUGCCUUACCUUCAUCUGCUCCAGGAUCAACAUCUUUAAGUCCUAUGGCAUCAGUUGAUAACUCACUAGCUGAGAUGUAUCGCUCGCCUCCUAGGCCUCUUCCUUAUGAUGCAGAUCCAAGAUAUUUUCGCUUGCAGCGUGAUGGAUUGGUCUCCAGAAGGGAGAAAGGAUCAAGUCAUUCACACGAGGAAACUGAACCACUAAGAAUGAGCGAAGCUGAUGAACAAUCUGAAUCUUUGAGUAAAAAAAGCAAGUGGAAUGAGUUUACACAUGAAGAAGAAUCAAAAGAAUAUAAUUCAAGAUCAUCACUAAAGCUCUCAACAGCCAAAACAUCGACUGGAUUUGCUCAUAUUUAUACUUCUUCAGAAGAUGAAGAUGUCUGCCCCACAUGUCUUGAAGAAUAUACCUCAGAAAACCCGAAGAUAAUUACAAAAUGUUCUCACCAUUUCCAUCUUGGUUGUAUAUAUGAGUGGAUGGAAAGAAGUGACAAUUGCCCAGUUUGUGGCAAGGUGAUGGCAUUCGAUGAAACGACUUGAUAUAUCCCUGAAGUUCUUGUUCCCGAUGAACCCAACCACCAAAACAAGUAAAAGCACACACCCGGAUGGAAAGUGUAAAGCCAUUGUAAAUACAGCUUGCUGCAAAGUGUUGUCUUUAAAUGCCGAUAUUAUUAAGCACUAUGUCGACUGGCAGAUUAUUGAUUGUCCUGCAGAUAUAUUUUCUCCGCGUUUCAUAUU